UUAAAGACACGUUAAAAAAUCUUUGAAUCUUUUGUCUUUUUCGACACACACGCACACACAUACACACACAUACACACACAUACACGCACAAACACACACACACACGCACACACACGCACACACACGCACACACACACCAAAAGUAAUAUUAAUAAUACGACUAACGGCAAUACGACUUCUAUAUGACGCUUACUAGCGAACAAGUAAACAUAAUCGUUUACAGAUAUCUUCAAGAAUCCGGUAAGAACAUGACGAAUUGCCACCCAUGAAAGACAAAAAAGAAAAGCGCGUUUCUUUUUCUUUUAGUCUAAAAAGGCACCUCGUAAACACAUUUAUACACACGCACGGUAACACUUUCCACCAACCAACCAAUCGACUACGUACAUUGACUGUAGGCUUUCGACAUUCAUCUUUUGCGUUUCAACAUGAAAGCCAAGUACAAAAUUCAGCAUAUCGCGACGCCGAGAUUCAACCUGGCGCACUCAUCAACAUCAUCCACAAAGGUCUUCAGUUUAUGGACAUUGAAGCCCACAUGAACGAGGACGGAGAACUGAUGGAGUGUAACGUUCCGUUUUCCCUACUUGAACCACAUCACUGUGAUUUGACUGGCAAGACGUUUAAUGAUUCGCAACAAGCAUUGUCACCCACACCUAGCGCGAAACGACAACGGAAAGAAAAAGCACAAAAAGAAAGAGAGAAACGAGCAAGACGAGACAACAACAAUGUAUCGACAACGGCGGCAGCAGCAACAUCCACAAUAACACCUGCAGCAGCAGCGACGGGAACCGAGACUGAAUCUGCCGUAGCGGCUGCUGCUGCAGCUGCUUCAGGAGCACCUAUUAAUGGAAUAUCCGUUAAAGAAGAAAAUGCCACAACUACAGCAACAGGAGGGGGAAGCGAUGAUGGUAAAUAACAAUAACAGAAUACAUGGGAAUGAGCGAUAUACAUUUCUUGAAUCCUUCCGAAAGAUAUCGUUUGGGAUGGGUGAGAUGUUUGGUAAUCGUGUGGAAGACUAUUACUAAUCGAGCGAUAACUGAUUUUUUUAAGUGGAAAUGCAAGAAGCAUCGGCAGAAACCACUUCAAAGACCGAGACUCCAGCUGCGGCGAAAGCACAGACUGUAGUAGAUCCAAACGAUGUAUUGGUAUUAAAGGGACAUCAAAGCGAGGUGUUUUCAUGCUCAUGGAAUCCUGUGGAGCCGUUAUUGCUAGCAUCGGGAUCCGGUGAUGCUACAGCAAGAUUAUGGCGGGUCCCAGAGGGUAAUGAGGCAGUGCCUCCUCCUGUGAUAUUGA